UUCUUCUCCAUCUAAAAGAUUGAAAUUUGCAAUGGCUGUAUCAUCAAUCUCUUCAACACUGUUCCCUCCUUUAACAAUCCCAAAUUCUCCUUCACCCAACCAGGGCUCACAUUUCAUGUCGGCUUCGCCACUCUCUGUCGACCCCAUGAAGCUCCCCAAUUGUUCCAUCAAGCUUUCACAGUCCACCAUUAAUGUUUUUGCCGCCCCUGAAGAUUUGGUAGAGACUUCCGAGGUUGGAGGAUCUGAGGUGCUCGUUUCUUCAUCAGUUAGCGUAGAAGCGGACAAGGCGGCACCUAAGCAGAAGAUUAGGAUUAAACUCCGGUCAUACUGGGUCCCCUUGAUCGAGGACUCGUGCAAGCAGAUUCUGGAUGCCGCUCGAACGACCAAUGCCAAGACGAUGGGACCUGUGCCAUUACCAACCAAGAAGAGGAUCUAUUGCGUCCUUAAAUCCCCACACGUGCACAAAGAUGCAAGGUUCCACUUCGAGAUUCGGACACACCAGCGCCUUAUCGAUAUCCUAUACCCAACAGCGCAAACGAUUGAUUCAUUGAUGCAACUUGACCUUCCCGCCGGGGUCGAUGUGGAAGUCAAGCUCUGAAGAAGCCAUGGAUGGUAACUUU